AUGUCCGGCGAACAUGAGAACGGCAGCCCGUCCGCUGGCGGCCAGGACGCUCCCCCCCCGGCUGUCGAGCACCUCAACAUCAAAGUCACCGAUAACAACAACGAGGUCUUCUUUAAGAUCAAACGGUCCACAAAGCUUGAGAAACUUAUGACAGCUUUCUGUGAGCGGCAAGGCAAAGCUAUCAGCUCUGUCCGUUUUCUUUUCGAGGGCCAGCGUGUUCAGCCUACGGAUACCCCCGACACGCUUGAAAUGGCAGAUGGUGAUACUCUCGAAGUGCACCAAGAGCAGGUUGGCGGUUCCUCUUAA